AUGGAUGGUGAUGAAAGUGAAAGUGAUAACUACUUUGAAACUUUUGUCCCAAAUCUUUAUUAUUUGGAGCUUUCACAUGAUUUUCAUGAUUUCAAGUGUAGGCCUGCAGAUGUAUCUUCCGUGGUUAAUGCUAAAGAUAAUCCUGAUCAAGGUUCUGAUGAUGAUGAGGAAAACAGUUGCAAUGAGCAUCAUCAAGAUUCUGAUGAUGAGGAAGACAGUUGCAGUGAUUAUUUUCCAGAUUCUCAUGAUGAGGAGGAAGACAAUUGGGGUGAGUAUCAUCAAGAUUCUGAGGAGGACAGUUGGGGUGACUAUUAUCAAGAUUCUGAUGAGGAGGAUGAUAAUGCUGAUCAAGAUUCUGAUGAAGAAGACAUGCAGUUUUUGACGUUUGUCAUUAGUACUUUGCAUAGCCAAGCAGGGAUGCGUUUGCUUUUUUGUAAAGUUCUAUUCAUAAGCAGUACCAAGUACCAGCAGUUAGAAAAAAAAAACUGGACUUUUCUUACAUCAUAUCCUCAAGAUAUUAACAAGUCCAGCAGGUUUGGGAGCUCAGAUUCCCUGUUCCAACACGAUUCUUUUGAGCAAUACUUGUCCAUUCUCAGCUCACAGUACAGCAAAGCGUUAUCUGCUACCUACCAUUAA